GCUAUUCGGAACAAGAAAACUCGGACAUUUCCGACUUUCUGUCCGAACACAGCACGUGUAUAACUACAACCAGUAGAACGUCGUACAUUUCCGAGUUUCCUAGUUCCGACUAGGAUAUGAACAAGUAUCAAUGUCACGUGUCAGUAGAGUAUAGCCUGCAGCCUGCUUUCGUGCUUGUGUUCUUUCAACCAACUGUAUAGGUUUAUUUACAUCGAAGGAACUGCUGUGUGCGCACAAGUUAAAAACCUCUAGUGGGGAUACUUAGAUCUGAUCAUGUUUCUGCUCGAUUCCGACUCACAGCUGGACUGUAUCAGUAACUUAUUCGAAGGCGGGGAUGCUGUCAACUCAAGCAAUGUGUUGGGACAGUCCCCUGCACACUUGGCGGCAUGCAGCGGACAAGCCUUUUGUUUGCUAUGGCUACUGCAAACGGGAGCUGAUGCAAAUCAGCAGGACAACAAUGGUGAGACGCCCAUGCACAAAGCCGCCAAGGCCGGCAGUUUGGAAUGCAUCAGCGUGCUCGUUGCCAGUGAUGCCCAACUUGGACUUUGCAACAACGAGGGCAGAACCGCUGAAGAAUUGGCAUUGUCGUACGGAUUUGAGGAGUGCGGACGAUUCCUUAACACACUCCGAAUGACGCGACUCCUGACGAGCAGCAGCACUCCUCUGAUGCCUGCCGAGCUAGUAGCAUGCCCGCUGACUGACGCCCAGAGCGGUAAGGUAGCAGGACAGAAGAGGGCACUUAUUGCCACCGGGGCCCAAGACAGAAAGAGGGCCCGAGACUGGUGAUUUUAACAAUGCACCUCUAGAAUUCGAAAAGGAGGACAAUGCUUUCUCAGCCAAGUCCAAUACAGGACAUGCAUGACAAAGUCCCCGCUACUGUGUCUGACACCAAACCUGACUCUGUUCCUUAACACUUACCGGGGUGUGUCUGAGUCUCCUAUGUAUUUGUGUGUCAAUGAUUGGCAAGUAUAAUGUCAGUGGUUAACUUGGAUAGGAGCAGAAUGCAUCCUUCUCCUGCAGUGACAGAGGCAGACGUGUGUUGCGGAGAUGGUUCGGAAAACUACGCUCAUGUGAUGAGUAACCUUGCUUUGAGAACUUAGGACUCCUGUUAGCUCCCGCUGCUAUUGUCUAUUGACUAGGCUUUGGUUCAGAGGGCUAAACACUGGGAGAAUCUCAAUUCCUUACUCCCCGCUUUUUCAAUACCCAUUGGAGAAGGUCAGAGGGGAGGGACCUCCGGCUCUCUCAUCCAAUGGGUUUUGAGAAUGAGACGAUGAUGCGAAGUGUAUGCAAUUGAAAUCUUUCCACUGUCUUGAGGUGUGCUCAGCAUAGGCUCCGGGCCUAGCCAUCACAAGGAAACAACCACUGUGUGCAUUUCAUGCUCAGAUGCAAUAUGGGACCUUCUGAUUCUGUGGACACCAGUUUCAGAUGUACAUAUCAAUUUUACACAGUCCUUUGUUUACAGUGCAAAUCCUUUGAGGUACACUCCCCUAUGUAUUUAUUAACAGUGAAGCUAUAUCUUUUAAUUUGGCUCUAUACUCAAACUGCAAAUGCAUCCAACAAAUCUGUAGUCACAUGCUUGAUGUAGUCAUUGUGUGUUAGGAAUAUGGGACCAUAUUACUAUAAUACACAAAGUGAAUUUGGUCAAAUAUUUAUGACACCUUCAAAUGGGGGGACUAAAGACAAAGUGCUUUCUAAACAGUAAAAUAGAUAUGUAUGAAAAUACCCUCAAAUAAAAGGUGACAUUUUGUACAAAUUACGUAGGGGAGUGUGUAUAUGUUUGACUAAAUGAAAUAAAAAGCAGGCACUUCUUCAUGAAUGAGACACACGAUAGUGGCAUGUUGAUGUAAAAACAGAAUACUGACUCAGUCACAGAUGAAAGCUGAAAUAAAAAGGCACAUUAAUUUCUUCA